AUGGCGUCGGGCUCCGGCGGCAGCGGCGGCGGAAACGACUUCUCCGUGGUCGUGGUGGGCUCCGACUUCGCGACCGACGCCAGCGCCGCGCUCCUCGCCCCCACCGACCGCGAGGUGUGGCACGACUGCCUCCCCGACCUCGCCGAGACGGACGCCUGCUUCUACGACCUCGAGGAGCGCCAGGUCGUGCGCGUCCAGGGCACCGAUCGGGCCGGCCGAACCAUCGUCCGCAUCGUCGGCAAGUUCUUCCCGGCUUCAGUAAUUGAUGGUGAACGUCUGAAGAAGUAUGUGUUCUACAAACUCCGCACUGAAUUGCCUGUGGGUCCAUUCUGCAUCUUGUACAUGCACAGUACUGUACAGUCUGAUGAUAACAACCCUGGGAUGUCAAUCUUGAGGACCAUUUAUGAGGAGCUUCCACCUGAAUACAAGGAAAGGCUUCAAGUUUUCUACUUCUUGCAUCCUGGGCUUCGCUCCAGGCUGGCCAUCGCCACACUUGGCAGGCUAUUUUUAAGUGGAGGGUUAUAUUGGAAAAUCAAGUACAUUAGUCGACUGGAGUAUCUCUGGGGCGAUAUAAGAAAGGGAGAAGUUGAAAUUCCAGAUUUUGUUAUUGAACAUGAUAAGGUUCUUGAGCACCGUCCACUGACUGAUUAUGGCAUAGAACCAGAUCCCCUACAUCUUGCUGAUGUACCUGCUGUGGGAUACUCGCUUGGAAGAUACGAAGAUAAAUGGACUCCAGAAGAUCGAUGGUAUUCAAGGAAUUACAUGUGA